AUGAAGAAAGUUCCUAAUUUGUGUUUGUUUUUGCUAUUAAUUUCAGGAAUAUCACUAACAAAUGUUCAAGGCCUUUAUACUGACGCUGAAUUACUUCUUCAAGAGGUUUUCAAGAACUACUCUAAAGAAAUCCGACCAAAAGCGAACUUUUCAGAAGCUUUAGAGGUCGCUCUUAUGCCCAUGAUUUUUUCAAUAAAUGAUUUUGAUGAGAUUUCUGGUGUGUUGUCCAUUGUUUGUGGCUUUGGUAUGUUUUGGCGGGAUUUUCGAUUGACUUGGACACCAAGCAACUAUGGGGACAUCGAAGAAAUCCCAGUUCCCAAGGAAAAAAUAUGGAUUCCUAAUAUCUUUUUGAUUGACCCAGCAAAUAAAAUGGAAGCCCUUGGAGAUGAAGACUUCUUGGGGAGAAUUUCUUACACCGGAACUACGAGAUGGAUACCUGCUGGUCUGAUUCAGACUCUUUGCAACGUUGAUAUGUAUAAAUUUCCAUUUGAUACACAAACUUGCUCAUUCACUUUAUCACCGUGGGGAUAUUAUCCAAAUGAAGUGAGAUUAAUCCCCUUGAAUGGUGUGACAGUCGCGGAUACGACGUACUACUCCCCGAAUGCCCAAUGGACAUUACAAAAGGCACUUAUGAAGCGGGCUGUUCUCGAAGAUUUUGAUAAUAUAAUUGAAAUUCGACUAAUUUUGAAGAGGAAAUCUCUUUAUUUCAUCAUAAACAUGUUAGCCCCUAUCCUUUUAUUAUCCUUACUCAACCCUCUGGUGUUUGCUUUACCAGUUGAAAGUGGAGAACGUGUAUCUUAUGCUAUAACCAUCUUCUUGUCAUUUGCCGUGUUUAUGACAUUGCUAAGUGACAAUAUCCCUAAAUCUUCAGAGCCAAUGUCUUUAAUGUCAUAUUUCUUAAUAAUAACAAUGUCGAUGAGCACACUUAUAAGCGUUCUGGCUGUUGUCACGAUGCGUUUUCAUUUCAGAGACCCUACUUUUCACGUCUCAAGUAAAAGUGUUUUUGUGCUUAAUGUUCUUCGACUCCGAUUCUUAUACGACAACUGUGGAAAACGAAAAAAGAAGGCUAAAAUCGCUGACAAAUCUGCCGAACUGGAUGUAAGUUUUGAAAAGAAAUAUAUUGCUCCUAACGAAGAUUCGCAAGAUACUGAUGAGGCGGAGAAGAAAGUAACUUGGAAGAUUUUAGCGGAGGGAUAUGACAGAGUGAUGAUGCACUAUUUUUACAUCUUUGUUUUCUUUCAGUGGUUUAUCCUAGUAAUAACAUUAACGUGAAGGAGGAUUGUUUCAACAUAUUUUGAAUGAAACAUGUAGACAUCGUAUUCUGGGAAUUUUCCUCUUCUGCUAUUUUGCGUUUUUGUGCAAUUUAAAACCGGACUUGGGUGCAUAUAUGUAACUAUAUUUAUAAAGAUUAUCACUAAAUAUGUAGUUAGAGUACUAGGUGUAAUGACAUUUUUGUUUGACUUUUUUAAAACAUGAUAUUCUUAGCAUUUUGAUAUAUGACUUUUGCAAUGAAAUGAUUGUAUGUA